CCAAAAUAGCAAUUAAAAUUUUAGCUAAUUAUAUAGCGACGGAUUAGUGACAGAAACUUUAUUUCGUCGCUAAAUUUUAGCGGGACAAUUUGGCGCCUAAAUUUUCCCUAUGGAUUUAGCAAUAAAAGGGUUGCAACAAUAUUUAUUAAUAUGUAGCGACGGAUUUAGCAACGGAAAUCCGUCGCGGGGGCUUUUAAUUUAUCUCUAAAAUAUUUAUAUUCUUAGCAACCAAAUAUUCCGUCGUUAGUUUUAUCCUAAAAACAAUCUAGGUUUUAGUUAGCAACGGAUUUUAAAAAGGGUUGCUAAAUCCGUCGCUAGGUCCAAAUUAAAAGGACAUUUUCUAGGGCACAAAUCCACACUUCUUUUAUUUUGAAACACCAAAAAACCAGAGAAAUACUCCUAGAAAAACCAGAGAAAUCACUCAGUCUCUCUACUGUUUUCCACCAUGUGAACGCCAUCAUCCUUCCGUAAUUACUUAAAUUCCAACGUUGGGCACCUUCUUAUCUCUUUUGUUCCCUGUGAUCGAUCGGAGAUUCAAGACGACCUCUUCUUCCACAUAAAAGGUAAGCAUACCUAAUUGCUAUUUCAGUUUGUUGUGAUUUAUCAAUGCAUAUGCAUGGAAUUUUGAAUCUAUUUUAUUUUUAGCUCUAAGUGAAUUUCUGAUCGAGCAUUGUAUAUAUCUAUUUCAAGGUUUUUUCUUACAAUUCUUUUAUUUUGGGCCAAUUUCUUGAAACUUCAGUGGGUUUCAUUUUUUUUCUCUUUAGUUUAUCUUUUUUUCUUUAGUUUAGUUUGAUUCGAAGUGAGUCUAGAUUUAAGAUUAUCAAAAAUUGAUUCAAAGGAAAUUGCUUUGGAAUGUGACAGAAAAUCUAAAGCUGCAUAAGGAAAUUGUCUUCCGUUCAUAGUAGGGAUUAAGGUCUAUUACUUAUGUUACCUAUUGUAAAGAAAAAAAGUGUUUAUGUCCUUAUUGUUAUAUAAAUUGACUUACUUGUCCUUGUGAAAUUGAUAUGAGUUAUAAUAAAAAGAAACUGUCUAUCUACUUUUAAUUUUACUACUUUCAAAUAUUUAUCCAGAAACAUUAUAUGAAAGAACAUGUUAUCUAUGACGAAAACAAUGAAUUUACCUACAUGUCUUGGUAUUAGCUGUUUUCAUGGCUAGAUGAAUAAGCAGGAGCGUUGUUCAUUAGUACAACUAGAUGAAUGUACUAUUGUAGUUGUUAAUUCUUUUCCUUAUAGUGUUUUUUUUGGACUAAACAUGUAUCUACAAUUUGAUAUUAUUUUGUUUCACUUUGUUGAUCUACUGAUUAGCCUUUGAUGGCUAUUGAUUAAAGAACAAAGUUCCCUAAUCUAUCGAUUUAUAAACUCUAGCUUUGUAACCGGUGUAGAUAAUUUUAUCCAAUUUGCACUUUCUCAACAAAAUUACAUGAGCGGUAACAAGGUUAGAUGUCCAUGUAAAAAAUGUCACAACAUUAAAUACAUGGAUGUUGAAAUCGUUGAAUAUCACCUUUUUAAUUUUGGAUUUGUUGAGGACUAUUUUGUUUGGGAGUAUCAAGGGGAAAAAGAUGUGAUCGGUGAAUGACUACUGAGUAUUCUUUUAAGUUAAUGUGAUGAAGAUAUGAACUUUGGAUGCUCAUUCUUCACCCUUUAUUUGUUUUGCAUAACUUGGGGGCUUAUCGAAAUCCCUAAUUUGCUGCUAAAUUUGAAAUGGAGUGACUGCUGCCUGCUGUUGGUUUUUCGAGCCACAUUUGGAGUUGGGUUUGUUGGUAAGAAACUGCUGCAUUUUGGAUCAUUUGGCUGCUGAACUUCAGGGGCAACCCCCUGAUUGCAUACUAAAGGACGCAAAAAACACCAGCAAGCUAAGUUAUUCAAGUUUGCUUGGGAGCAUUAAUCCUAUGAGCAGAUCUAGAGUUUAUCAAGCUUUGGCAGAAGAAGAUAUUGAAGUUGAUGCCAAGGGCAAUGAUGUUGAUCUCAGCAUUUACAAGGGGAAGGUCCUUAUCAUUGUCAAUGUUGCAUCACAGUGGAAAGAUAUCAAGAAAUAUUACGGGAAAAAUCACAGUCUCAGUCUGAUAUUGAUCAAUGUGAACCAUAUUACGAAGCUGCUGGGGGAACAAGGAAGAGAAGAAUAUAUGGUCUUGGAUCUCAAGCACAAAGUUAUCUGCUUUUUGUUGGAAAGAACAAAAUUAUGCACUAACAAUACUUGAUGGAUGUGUGGGUUCUUUUGGUAGUUGAUAGCUUGGUGUUAUCAGUGUUUUAGACUUAACGAUUAGGAUUUCGCUAUCUAUUUUGAAUCUUUUUUAUAAAUAUUAUUUUAUGUGAAUGUCAGUUAUU